GUGGAACAACCAAUUCAUCGGCACCUCAUUGUCGAUUCAACCAUGAAGGUUCUCGCUACUUGUCUGUUGCUGGUUGCCGCCGCCCAGGCCACCGAGUGGGCCAAGGUUCGUCCUGUCUUCAAGACGCGCCCUGGUCUUCACACUGUGAUGCCGAGCAAGAUCAUCGGCGGUGCCGAGGCCACCCCAGGGCAGUUCCCCUUCCAGGCCGGAGUCACCAUCGACUUCGGAGGCUUCUGCGGAGGCUCGCUGAUUUCAGAAACCGUCGCCCUGACCGCUGCCCACUGCGUUGACGGAUCGUCCAUCUGGGAGGUGGUGCUCGGCGCUCACCUGAUCAACGACAACAACGAGCCCAACAGGCAGACCUUCCUCACCACUGACGCCGUCGCGCACGAGAACUACAACGCGUUCAACAUCAACAACGACAUCGCCAUCAUCAACCUGGGCGGCAGCGCUGGUUCGGCCAGCAUCAGCCCCGUCAGGCUGCCCUCCCGCUCUCAGGUCGGCCAAACCUUCGAGAACACCGUGGCCCGCGUUUCUGGCUGGGGCAGGACCUCCGACUCCAACCCGUCGAUCAGCCCCGUGCUCAAGUACGUCGACGUCACCGUGAUCAGCAACGCCGCCUGCGCUGACUACUACGGCAAUGUCAUCAACGACUCCAAGAUCUGCGUCGACACCAACAACGGCGCUGAGGGAACCUGCAACGGAGACUCCGGCGGCCCAUUGACCAUCACCGAGGACGACGGCCAGGUCACCGAGGUCGGCAUCGUCUCGUUUGGCUCGUCGGCCGGUUGCGAGUCUGGCGCUCCUGCCGCCUUCACCAGGAUCACCGAGUUCCUCGACUGGCUCGAAGCCAACGCCGCCGGCGUCACCAUCAGGCCUUGAUUUUGUCUGUUCAAUCAAUUCCUUUGAGCAAUAAAACUUUAAUUCAAGCAUAAA